CACUCAUCAGUUGAUAGUACUCGUUACUUGUUGCAUAUUUUUCACUACACGCUCUUUAGUCUUGUGCUUUUUUACUGCGGACGCUCACGUGUUUCGUCUUUCGGUCAAUAUUGUUUUCACGAGUUUACCUACACGGGCCGACUGAUAUUCUUAUUUUAAUUUAAACAUUACUACUGAAAAAUAAAAUGGAGAUCUGUGUUGAUAGUAUAGAAUCGGCUAUUAAUGCGGUUCAUGGCGGAGCUCAUAGAUUGGAGCUAUGCAGUGCAUUAUGUGAAGGAGGAUUAACACCAUCAAUGGGACUUUUUAAAACCUUAAAAAUCUUAAAAAUGAUGGAUACAGUGGAUAUUUUUAUUAUGCUUAGACCAAGAUGUGGUUAUGAUUUCCAAUUUUCAGAUUUAGAAAUUAAAGUUAUUCUGAAAGAUUGUCUUUUAUUCAAAAAUGCUGGAGCUGAUGGAUUUGUAUUUGGUGCUCUUACUUCAACUGGCGACAUUGAUAUUGAUGCUUGUGCCUCAGUAAUUUCAACAGCUCAACCACUGCCUGUUACAUUCCAUCGUGCAUUUGACGUGGCUACACAAGAUCCAAUAGAGAUGGCACACAAAAUAGCUGAUUUGGGUUUUAAACGCUUAUUAACUAGUGGUAGAAGUCCUGAAGCAUCUGAUGGAAAACAUUUGAUUAAAGUUUUAAUUGAAACCAUGAAGGAUCGUCUAAUUAUAAUGCCUGGAGCUGGUAUUCAAGUUGACAAUCUUAAAGAUAUCCUGGUCACUACAUUAGCACGUGAAUUUCAUGGAUCAGCAAAGGUCUUGAAAAAAUAUACAAAUAGUAAUGAUCCAAAAUUGCAAUCAGCUUAUAAAAAAACCCCUAUUUAUGUUACCGACCAAGAUAUUGUAAAAAAAUUACUUAGAAUUUAUAAAAAUUAUUUAAAACUAGAAUAUAAAAUAAGGUAUACCUAACUAAAAAAUAUGUCAUAUAGUUGUGUAUCUACUUACAAAUAUAUACCAUGUACAUAUAAGCUUUUAAGUUUGAAGUAUACUCUAUUCAGAAUAAGACCAUGACUGGGCGGCCGAGUUGUGCUCAUGGGAGUGGCUUUGUUCCGUGGCAGCGCCCGACAUGCCAUCGUAGUGGGGAUGGCGUUUGACCAUCGCGGAACGAAAACUUAUCGCCGGCGGGUCGUGGUCUUAUUCUGAAUAGAGUAUAGUUAACUAAGUAUAAAUAUUUAUUUUUUUACGGUUGUUACUGUUGUAUUGCUGAACAAUAACAAUAAAAUACAAUAUCAUGAAUCAAAAACAUAA